AUCCGAGCCGAAUUGCCGGUCUCAUGGAGUGAUUUUCCGUGCCUGGCGCAUGCCAACUCGCCUUAUUUGCGAGUGAAACGAUUCAUGGAAAGAUUACUUUUCUUACUGGAAAGCGGCCGGGACAGGAAGGAUGUAUAUGGUUGGUGUAAAAAUAUAUCGAUGAUUAAUGUAUUGGAAGUAUUUUGCGAAAAUACCAGUAUUCUGCUAAUAUGCGCGGCACUCGGCCUAUCUGUCAGACAAAAUAUCGGAGUGGAAUUGGAUAAAGAAGAUUGUUUUCCUGACGCAGCAUCCAGCGCAUCUUGUGAGCAAGGAAAUACAGGCUGCGCUGGGUGA